AUGCCAGUCGUUGGAUGCCCUAUUCCGUCAUGUGGCUUUGUGACAGAAGACCUGGAUUUUGUGGUGCAUGCAACAGUCCACACUACAGGACCUGCCAUCUCUGCAAAAGUAGAAAAAGUGAAACGACCAAGCAUAUCCUCUGCUGGAACAAGCGAAGAUUGGUCAUACUUUAAAUCCAGGUGGAAAGACUAUGUCCAAACGACCAUGGUCACAGGGAAGGACCGCGUUGUACAGCUUCAUGAAUGCUGUUACGAGACACUGCGCAGAGAUUUCACACGUUCGGCUGUCCUGAAGGCCAUUAGACUCCUUGCUGUCAGAGAGGAGAACACCAUGGUAGCUCGCGUUACCCUCCACAGCAUGACUCAGGAUCGAGAUGAAACUGUUCGUUCCUUCGGUGCAAGGCUAAGAGGUCAGGCUGGCGUCUGCAAAUUCACCAUUGCAUGUCCAGGAUGCCAUCGGGAGGUGAAUUACACUGAGACGAUCCUUCGCGAUGUACUCACCCUUGGACUAAUUGACCCUGAAAUCCAGUUAGAUCUCCUUGGAGACAAGAACCAAGACACGAAUCUCGAACAGGUGUUUCAAUUUGUGGAAGCCAAGGAAUCAGGCACACGCUCGGCAUCUCGACUUCUAGACUCGCAGUCUGUUGAAGCUGUUAGCAGUGGCUACCGAAGAAGCAAGAACACAGCUGUUAAUGCAUCCAAGAAACUGGAUACGUCCGAGUCAUACUUCUACUGUGGAAGAAAGGGGCAUGGAAAAAGUGCAUCCCUGAAAAUCAGGAAAAAGCAUUGUCCCGCUUUCGGUCGCAUGUGUUCAUCCUGUACCCGCUACAAUCACUUUGAAACUGAGAGCUGA